GCUAGUGGAGCGGAAGAUGGCGGCGGCAGCGGCGGCUGCAGCCGGGACCCGGGUCGGGCUGAGGCGGAGGAGCCGCAGGCUCUGACCUCGCUCUGGCUCCUGUGCGCGCGGUGGAGCGUGUGCGAGGCCCCGCGCGGCGGGCGGGGGCGGCGGCGGCGACUGCGCGCCGCCCUGAGGAGCGUCCCGGCGGCGGCGGCGCGGCGGCGGAGGAGCGAGCCGGCCCGGGGCCUCCGCGUCCUCCUGCGCCGCGGGCCCCCCGCCUCCUCGGGGGGGCGGCGGCCGCGAUGUUCUCGGUCCUCUCGUACGGGCGGCUGGUGGCCCGCGCCGUGCUCGGCGGCCUCUCGCAGACCGACCCGCGGGCCGGCGGCGGCGGCGGCGGCGACUACGGGCUGGUGACGGCCGGCUGCGGCUUCGGCAAGGACUUCCGCAAGGGCCUCCUCAAGAAGGGCGCGUGCUACGGGGACGACGCGUGCUUCGUGGCGCGGCACCGCUCGGCCGACGUGCUCGGAGUUGCAGAUGGUGUGGGAGGAUGGAGAGACUAUGGAGUUGAUCCAUCUCAAUUCUCAGGGACUUUAAUGCGAACUUGUGAACGGUUAGUAAAAGAAGGACGGUUUGUCCCAAGUAAUCCCAUUGGAAUCCUCACCACAAGCUACUGUGAGUUGCUGCAGAAUAAAGUACCUUUGCUGGGUAGCAGUACUGCCUGCAUUGUGGUGCUGGACAGAACUAGCCAUCGCUUACACACAGCCAACCUGGGCGAUUCAGGCUUUCUGGUUGUUAGGGGCGGCGAAGUUGUGCACCGGUCAGAUGAGCAGCAGCAUUACUUCAACACUCCAUUCCAGCUCUCCAUCGCACCACCUGAAGCUGAGGGAGUCAUCUUGAGUGACAGUCCUGAUGCUGCUGAUAGCACUUCUUUCGAUGUCCAGCUAGGAGACAUUAUCCUGACAGCCACAGAUGGGCUCUUUGACAACAUGCCUGAUUAUAUGAUCCUUCAGGAGCUGAAAAAAUUAAAGAAUUCAAAUUAUGAGAGUAUACAACAGACAGCAAGAAGCAUUGCAGAGCAAGCUCAUGAGUUGGCCUAUGACCCAAAUUAUAUGUCACCCUUUGCACAAUUUGCAUGUGACAACGGAUUGAAUGUGAGAGGUGGAAAGCCUGAUGACAUCACCGUCCUUCUUUCAAUAGUGGCUGAGUAUACAGACUGACUCGCCCCAGUGUCAACUCCUGCCUUUCCUUUCAUCACCCCAAACUCUCCCCUGCUGUGUGUGUUGAUCCUGCUGGCAGGACCACAUUUCUUUGCCACUGAUCUCAAUGGCCAGUGAUGUAAGCCUUUUGCGUGUAUUUUUGAAACCCCAUUGAGAUCUUUGUUGAGAACCACUACUAUCAUCCACUAGCUCAUAUCUGCCAGCAACAUUUGAAGAUGGACACAAGAGUUGAAGAUUGGCCUUCGUUUCUCAUUGUCCUAUCCAUGAUGGAAUGGAGGUUUUGAAAGCCAGAGUGGCUACUACUUUUCAAAAAUGGGUCAAGAAAUGAGAAUGAGCAAUGUUGGUAAGGUGAAUUCAAAACUACAGUGUGUAAAAGGGAUUUUUAAAAGUCAUAACACAAAUUGUAUGUUGUGGUACAUCUACUCAAAACAUACAUUAUUCAUCAAAGAAAUGUUAUACAUGUACUAUACAGUCUUUGUUACGAUGAUUGGGUGUGGCUUUGUGUUUUUAUUAUAAACUCCUAUUUUUCAGGAGCUUAUAAUUCUGCUCUAAAAUAACGCUCUGAGAUUAUGAAAUCUUGAUCCCAGGAGUUUUUUGGUUUUUUUGUUUUACAGAUUGAAAGAAAAAUUCAGUUUAGUUAUAUGGAUGCAAAUACUUCAUGGUGGUUAAAAGAUCUGUAAUUGUGCUGAUGAAAGUUUAUCAAUUAGUACAAAUCAUAGGCUGCUGGCUUGACCUGCAGGAGGGUUGGGGGAAGACUCCACCACAAUUUUUUAACAGAAAGAUUACUCAAGAUUGUAAAACUCCUCAAAGCCUAGAAAUUUAACAUUCUGGCUGCAGUUCCUCCCAGCUGUCUGAUAUGAUGCCCGCUGCGUGGGGGCCCUAGGCCUAAGGGCUCAGGUUAGGAAUGGACGGCUGUCACUUUAAAUUUCGUAAGACUUUCUCUGUCAUGCUACUCCUAAUCUCACCCUCAGACCUUUUAUUAGUAGCCUUGCUUACUGCAGAGCAUGCACCAAAUUCAGGGAGUCCCGUGGAAGAGCACCAUGGGCAGAGGCAGCAGCGCAAGAGUCCACGAGGAAAACUCCUAAUGAUGAUCUGACAUUUACCCUACACAGAAAUUUAGGGGUUUUGAAUCAAGCUUAAUGUUUACAGUUUCCAAAUAGCCAUCUUGCAGUGUAUAGUUUCCUUAUAAAACUACCCUGCAUCGUUUUCCCCCUAUCUGUAAGCUCAAACUUAUUUUUAAGGUUUGUGUACAAGUCAAGUGCUGUAAAGAUAUAUAUUUUUGGGUCAAUUUUUUUUUCCCUUCAUUAACUUGGUGGUAGAAAAGUAUAUACUUAGAAAUCCUUAAAUUAAAGCCAUGUUUUAUAUAUAAGUCAGGUAACAUUGGUGUAUAGAUGAGAAUGCAGUUAAACCUGAGGAGAAUGUAGACAGUCUUUCUCUAAAGGAGAUACUUACUCCCGGGUUUAUUGCAUUAAAACUUACGUUUGAGGUUACCUCAAUUUGUUUUAAAAGAUUUUGUUUUGUGGAUUUGUACUGUAUAUUUGAGUAACUGUCAGGCUUUUGUUUUAUUUAAAAUUGUUUAACAUGUACCAUGUACAUGUCAUUACUAUAUUUCAAUGCAUCAUGCUUGUAACAGGCAUUUCAUUUAUAAUAAGAAUGAUUUAUUCAUUUGUAAGCCGUUCAGUAAUUUAUCUACUAUUCCUAAAUUGGCAUAAUGUUAGAUCUCUAUUUUGAAUCACCUUUAAUCACAUGUCAGAAUGCCUUAACUACCCUAACUUGACAAAACGGAGUUCUUUGGUAGAGGAGACGGGCAGGGUGGGCGGGCUGGGAGGGGGGCCACUCUGUUUAAAUAAUGAGAACCCAUCAUGUUGUGAUAAAACAUGGAAGCGUGAGUGGCACGUGGCGGGGUAUUUAUUUUGCACAAACUAUUUGCAGUCUCUCUGGUUAAAAAGUAAAGAACGUUGCAUCCAGAAGGGUUUUGCUAGAAGGAGUACAUUUAUACUUGGGCUGACAACUUCAGUUCUUUCGUUUGGGUUUUUGAUUAUUUCUGGUCAGAGGUAUGUAUGUAGUUUUAUGAUCUGGAUAUAGUUUGCAUUCAUUUUCCAAUGCCUACGUUUCAUUCCUGGUAAGAGUAGUGCUGGUCAACUCACUUAACUUUCUUUGCUCUCAAUGCAUCAGACACAAUCUUUGUAAAGUUAGAUUGGUGGUGUUUCACCCAACUCGUUUUACCAACUUAGUCCUUUUUGAAAAAUGAUUAUUAGAAAUCCACAAUGUGUUUGUUCAAGUGUUGUUGAAAAUAGUGGGACAGGAAUUGAGUUUUACAAUGAAACCGACUUUGGGCCUGGCCGAUAGCUUAGUGACACAAAAUAUCCUCCUAUUUUCUUUAUUCCCAGUCUUUCUGAUGUUAUGCACUUAGUGUUAUCACCACCGGGGUCACUUGAUGUGCUGCUUAACAAGUGAUUCUCCUUCACUCUCAGUGGUCAGACCGUUGGACCCAUACUGGAAUUUUCCAGGUCACAGGACCCAAGUCUCUGUGGGGUGUGACUGAGAUAUACCACUUGGCAGGUCUGAUUUUGAACUCAAUAUGUGUGUGUGAAUUGUAUUUUAAAUUAAGCAGUAUAAAAACACAUACAUUUGCCUCAUGUCAUGAACUUUUAUAAGAAGAGAAAAUUUGGAUUUCUAAUUUACAAAUGGCAAAUUAAUUAUCCCUCUCUGGAUGCACCAAAGACCAGUAAAGUUUAUAGCUUUUCCAUCUAUAUUUAUAAAGCAAUACUGUAUUAUAAAAAUCAAUAUUUUUAUCACAUGCUUGAAAUUUUUAUUUUGUUCUGUUUUAAAAUGUGCACUCUAAACAUAUCAGAACCUUAUUUCUUCCUGUGAACUUAAGCUGCCUGCGCACAAAAAAAAAAAAAAAAAAACAUAUACUGAAUGAAGAUGCAGUAGAGUCCAUAGGCUCUUAAAAACUGAAAGCAGAAAUGGGACAGGGGGACAAAACAGGUGAUUUGUCCUGAAUUACUGUACUGGCUUGACAUGGUUGAUGGGUACUAAAUCAAAAAGAAUCCAUUCCAGGUGUGCACGGCUGAGGGUUGGGCUGCGUCUAGAGUAGAAACUAGAUUUCAAGCUUUGCGUGAUGGGAGAGUGUCUGGACUCUUCUGUCAGCUGCAUUUGUUCUGGCUAGAACAGUAGCCUUCAGCACCACUAUCAGUACCACUACCACAUCAAGUAACAAGGCAGGAAUUGUGGGAAUUUACUGAGUCAGUUGUGGGUUUUGGAGACUGUAAACAGGAUUGGGUAGAACUGUAAAUGUUUGUACUUUUGAGUAAGUUCAUGGUUCCUUGUCACCUUACACCAGCUAUCUUUGGUAGAAGCUACAGCAUCCAAUUUCCCUGAAACUAUCACGUUUUUGCAUUUAACAAAUUUCACAAUGUUGAAAAACCAAAAUCUGCUUAUAAAAUGGAAAACAUGAAACAAAACAUUUGGGUUCUAUUUGUAAAAAGUAAAAAUUUAAAUUCCUUGCAGAAUUGAACUUAUACACUAAAAUUCAACAGUGUCCAUGUCAAAAAUUUCACUGUUAGCAGGUAGUUUGUGGCAAAGAUGGCUGAAUAAUGAAGCAAAUUUGACUUCGUGUAUACUAAUGAGCUGCUUUUUUCUGUUGAGACUAUCAUUAUUUGUCUUACCCAAGAGGCAAUGACCUGAAUUGGAUGUCUGAAUAUAACUUAUGCAGGAAUAGUUCUGUAAAUACAUUUAAAUAAACUGUAAAGAUAUUUAAUAAAUAUAGUAUUUAUACUAAU